UCCUGUUUCAAUCAGGGGCGUCACACAGACGCACGACUCUAAUCUCAGGCGGUUUCACCUUCUCCUUAACUACCAAACAUCAUCUUAAAGCCCGAACAACUUUUACUUUUAGAGGAGGCAGAGCUGGGCUUUACAAAAAAAAAGGAAGAAAAAAAAAAUCCUGACGUCGAGGGACUGACGUGUUUUCUUUUUUUUUUCUUUCCGCAUUUACCUCGACGGGAGAAAAAAGACCACAACUUUUCCUCUGUUGUUGUCGGUGGUUUGUAAAAAAAGAGACCCGCCUAUGACCUUCACGUCUUCUUACAUUAAUGUAACAUCCACCGGAUACAGGACUUUAUUUUGAUGUAACGUGGUUUUUUUUUUGUUUUUCCAAACUUCAACAUUUUUUUUCCUUCCUUGAAUGCGUUGCCAGUAUGAUGAUGUCACCGACGCCGCUUUUUCCUGAAGUUAUGGCGGAGCGCAACUUUUUUAACUUCUCUUGACUAUUGUGAGCGUUUGUUUUUCUAAUGGAGCACCUUCAGGGAGCGUGGAGGACCCUGAGCAACGGUUUUGGAAUGAAGGACUCUGCGUUCGAGGGCCCCUGCCUUUCCCCGACCAUGGUCCAGGGAUUUACCUGCCAGCGACGCUCCUCAGACGACAGCAAGAUGUCAGACUCCAAGACUAGCAGCACAAUUCGUGUCUACCUCCCAAACCAUCAACGCACUGUGGUAAAUGUACGACCAGGCAUGAGUCUCUUUAGUUGCCUGAUCAAAGCAUUGAAGGUGCGAGGUCUGCAGCCCCAGUGCUGUGCUGUCUUCAGGCUUACAGGACCGAGUAAAAAAGUAAGGAUGGAUUGGAAUACUGAUUCAGCCUUGCUGAUCGGGGAAGAGCUGCAGGUGGAGGUUUUAGACCAUGUUCCUUUGACGACACAUAACUUUGUCCGGAAAACAUAUCUGAAGUUGGCGUUCUGUGAUAUUUGCCAGAAGUUUCUUUUGAAUGGAUUCCGUUGCCAAACAUGUGGCUACAAGUUCCACGAGCAUUGUAGCACCAAAGUGCCCACGAUGUGUGUGGACUGGAGCAAUAUAAGACAGCUCCUGUUGUGUCCAACACCUGGUGAGGGCGGAUCCUCAAACCGACGGCUGCCACGGUUUCCAAGCUCGGCCCACCAAUAUUCUGCUUCUCAUGCCUUCAAUGACACCACGUACCCACCCACAGGCGGCGGUCUUUCCCAGAGGCAGCGCUCCACUUCCACACCCAAUGUCCACAUGGGUAGCACUACCCUGCCUGUAGACAGCAGCAUGAUUGAGUUAGACUGCCUGAAUACCUCUCCCAGCUCCUGGUGCCAUAGAUUCUGGCUGAAGAGGAAAGUAGGUAUUGUGCACUUCUCCCAGUCUUUUGUUGAGGCCUCAUCUGAGAGUCCAGAAAAGGAUGCAAUGCGUGAUCAUGAUUCUGCGGGGAGUUCUCCCAACCAGAGCCCCACCGGCUGGUCUCAUUCCCAAUCCAAGGCUCCUGCACCUGACAGGCGAGAGAGGGUUCCGUCCUUUAACACUCAGGAGAAAAAUAAAAUUAGGCCCCGGGACAAGAGAGACUCGAGUUACUACUGGGAGAUUGAUUCCAGUGAAGUGUACCUGCAUUCCUGCAUUGGUUCAGGCUCCUUUGGUACAGUAUACAAAGGAAAAUGGCAUGGGGAUGUGGCAGUGAAGAUUUUAAAGGUGACUGACCCGACACCAGAACAGUUCCAGGCGUUCAGAAACGAAGUGGCAGUCCUGAGGAAAACGCGACAUGUCAACAUCCUGUUGUUCAUGGGCUACAUGACGAAGGACAACCUGGCGAUUGUGACUCAGUGGUGUGAGGGUAGCAGCCUUUACAAACACAUUCAUGUCGUGGAGACGAGUUUCACGAUGAUCCAGCUCAUAGAUGUUGCACGACAGAUAGCUCAGGGCAUGGAUUAUCUGCAUGCAAAGAACAUCAUCCAUCGCGACUUGAAGUCCAACAACAUUUUCCUGCAUGAAGGGCUAACGGUGAAGAUCGGGGACUUUGGUCUUGCUACGGUGAAGGCCAGGUGGAGCGGCUCACAUCAGGUGGAGCAACCAUCUGGAUCCAUUCUUUGGAUGGCUCCUGAAGUUAUACGGAUGCAGGAUAACAAUCCCUACAGCUUCCAGUCUGAUGUCUAUUCCUAUGGAAUUGUCCUCUUUGAGCUCAUGACGGGAGAACUCCCAUACUCCCAGAUAGCAAACAGAGAUCAGAUUAUAUUCAUGGUGGGAAGAGGCUAUUUGUCUCCAGACCUCAGUAAGCUCUACAAGAACUGCCCCAAAGCUAUGAAAAGGCUGGUGGCUGAUUGCAUCAAGAAGUUGAAGGAUGAAAGGCCGCUCUUUCCACAGACCUUGUCCUCCAUAGAGCUCCUCCAGCACGCUCUCCCUAAGAUAAACCGCAGUGCCUCAGAGCCAUCCUUGCACAGAGCCACCCACACCGAGGAUAUCAAUGCCUGUACUCUGACCUCCACCAGACUGCCUGUUUUUUAGAGGCUCAGUCAGCAUUGCUCCUCACCCUUUUCCUCAAAAGUAUACAAAUUAGUCCAAGCACUCAAUGUGCUGAAAUGCUCUGCAUAAAAUUGCUAGUACAGGUCAACAGAUGUACAUACAAUCAUAUAUAUUGACUAGGCAAUGCUAGUCAAUUAAACUUGUAAAGAAAACAGAGAGAGAGGGAAAGGAUCAUCUGAGAUUAACUAUAGGAGGGAGUGGCAAAUAAUGCAAAGCACAAAUGAAGGGGUCAGCAUAGGGUACAUCGCUGCAUGUAUUAUGAAGUAUGCAGAGGCUUUAUGUUGGCUUGAUAUUUGGUUUGUUGUAAAUAUAUGCACGCACACCUACCUAAGACAACGAUGAAUGGACUUUGAAGAAAGCUCAGGUGACACGUGCGUCUGGAUGUGGAUUCUGCGACGUGAAGCACACCCUUUAACAACCCUUGCUGGUUUUUAAUGAAGAUGACUUUUAAAGCUCACCUGCCUUAAGUGGAGACAAAUUCUGGACUAAAGUCCUGCACAACUUCACCUCCUUUGGUUUUCACAAAGUCGUUGAAAGCAGUUCGUUUAGUUGCACAGUAGCUGAUUUUGCAUCAUUUAAAUGAUUGAGUGGACAUGGGAAUUUUUUUGUUUUUUAAAAUCUUUAGUUCUUUUAAUUGUCCUUUUUAUUUUGGAGUCAUUUUGGAUGAAUUAAAGCCUGUCUGAGUGAGUAUGGCCAUGGAAAUCUGCACAUAGUAAAAGUAAAGGUUUAAACGGUCCAUGUAGUUGUUUCAUUACUCUGAGAAAGAGAUUUGUUAAUGCUGCACAGGUGUUUUUGAGCUGAAUGUUUGCAAGGUAUCUUAAAUAUUUUAAUGAAGAAAAAUAGAUUUACAUUUUUAUUUCAGUCCAAUUUUAUUUAUGUGGCUUGUAUUAAAACACAAGUCGUCUCUGGGCGUUUCCGGAGACCCAGAACAUGACCCCCGAGCAAUGAUUAGUUAAACAUUGACGGGUACGGUCAUUAUGACACUUUAAGGCGGACAAAAAGUGUCUAGCCUGUUUUAAUAAAUUAAAGGAGAGCAUACCCAAAAAGUACAGUAGACUGCGUGGAUCAUCAGUCGUCUUAAAGCACACGUAUUGACAAUGUAGAUAAUUACAAUUUCAUAAUCAGAAGAAUCAGAAUCAGCUUUAUUGGCCAAGUUUGAACAUGCCAGACAGGGAAUUUGACUCAGGUUAUUUCGCUCACUGUACCCAGAUUUAAAUAGUUGCAAACAGUGAAUAGACAAAAGGCUCUUAUUAACAUAUAUACAAUAAAAAAAGUGAAAGGUGCAGCAGUAUGAGGUAGACAUGGUUAUUGAAAGGUGCAUUAAUACAGCAUAGAAAAGAAUAGAAUAGAAAGAUUUUAUUGUCAUUAUAGUAUAAUGAGAUUAAGCAGCAGUUCCAUAAAAGUGCACACAUGUAAAAGGCUAUGUAAAAACAAAAUAAGAAACAGACAAUAUAAAUAUAUAUACACUAUAAAAAUUAAUGAAUGAAAGAAUAUUGCACAUAAAUGAAUGAAAUAAUAUUGCAAAGUAUAAGGUAGCUCAUGGUUGUGCAGAUAUGGCAGUACAGUUUUAGUUCAGAAUGUUCACAGCUUUGGGAAAAUCUUUUUUUUUUUAAAAGCAUAUGAUUGUGGUUAUUAUUAAUCAGCACUGAACCAGUACAGCCUCCCUUCUUGUUCACGGACAUAGUUGAGGCGUAUGCAUGUGUAAGACGUGGUGGCAGAGGUAAUGUUUGCUGUAGCGGUGGCAACGUGGUAAACCCUCGCCGGGGAUCCAGCCUGGCACCCGGGGCCCGAGGCCCCCGAGGCCCCGGUGGCUGACGCCGCUGUGGCCCAUAGCUGCAGGGGGGGUUGUUUUAGUAUAAACACACACCGUUCAGGCAGCACCGCUCAGUGUUGAGAAUUUACAGUCAAUAUAGGGAAACUUGUGAUUACAUAAAUAUGGGUAUAAGUGUCUAAUAUUCAUCAUUUUCAAUUUGAACCACUUUUAAAAGCCCGACUGCAAGAAAGCAUGAUGUCAUGACACGUGGCGCAGUACAAAAAGCCUUCGGUCGACUACAGAUCAUCUAUUUUUAUAACAGCUCUGCUGUAAGUGUUGAUCUGUUCAACAUCCGAGUCAUGACCAGGUGCGGGGUGUAACAGCGCCACCUAGCGGGCCCGUCUGCAGGAUGACCACUGGAUUCUGUUUCGGAUGUAAUGGAAGAUAAGUUGACUUGGGUUUCUCUUCAUCAGCAUGUUCAACAAUCUACACGUUUUUGUCGUUUUGACUGCAACAUCCCAUCCACACUCAGAUUCAGACUCCGUUUUACCUACUUGGUUAAAGCACCGUUGAGGGGAACGUCUCCUCAGGUCUGAAUGUCUUGAUCCUAUAAGACUGGAAAACAUUUAUUUUGCAGUUUUCCUUUAUGACUUUGUGGGGGAAGCUUUCAAGCCCCUUUGCACUCGAUGCUACACACACAUGUCCAGGGUUCAGGAUCAAUCUAACUGAUGCACCUCAAGGCUUUCAGAGAGAUUUCCUGGAAGUGUACGUGUUCCCUUGAUCCAGGAGAAUGAUUCUAUAUUUUGCUUUACAUCUCCACCCUAAAAAGUCCUCUCUGGUAGAGGAACAUCCCCACAGCAUCAUGCUGGCAUCAGCAUGAACCAGAGGGGUUGAGGGAUGUUCAGUGGGGCCACAAGACACGCAGGAAAAAACAAACUAACUAUGAAGCACUUCAUUAUCUUUUAAAAAUUAUUAGAUGAUUUUACUCACUGGUUACAAACAGUUGUUCAUUUGUUAAAGGGAAAGAACUACAAAAGUUUGCAAGCUUCUAAUUUAAUAUUUAUAUAACAUAUACUUUUGAUAAAAAAAUGUUUAUCUUAAAAAAAACAAUUGUAAUUAUAGACGUUGCAUAUGUGUAGUACAGUAAAAUGCUCAGAGUGGAAUUACAACCUCUGAUGAUAGUAUAUUUAGCUUUAUUUAAAAAAAAAAAUCACAAUAUGAAUUCACAAUAUUGUUUUGUCAGCUUCAUUAAGUCAAUAUACAUCCAUGUGCCUUUCAGGCCUGCGACAGGCCUGCGACAGUCCUGUAAAAGCUUUGCUAUGUUUUAAUGCUGCCUUUCCUUCUCAGAAGUAAAACCCUGCCAAAUCUCUGGAUCCACCUCUAAUAUGUUGAACCGGUGUUUUCACUAAGGACCGAGCAUCUACUGUACCUGCAGAGGAGCUGCUUUAGGGAUUGAUUGGACAACUGCUGGACAGGAUUUUUACUUUACCGCACCUGAAUUAUCCGCCUCUGCUUCUCAAAAUACCGUGGAGUAUUUGGUGGCAGAGAAACCAGGCCUGAGACACACAAAUUAAUGUAAAUUAACAAAUAAAAUGAAAUUGACAGGACCAAACAUGAAA